UGUCUUCGCAAGUAGUGCUUGAGACUGUGAAUAGACGACUGGAAUGAGGUGUUUUCUUCCGUCGUUUCGAUUCUUGCAACGGAUCAUAGUGCAAUGGAAAUACACGUCAGCUUCAAGACACAGCUUUGUCAUGAUGUCUGCCAUCUCCGAUUUCUUGCUUGUAAUCUUGGCCCGCUUGACCUGCCGUUUGUCACGCGGUAGUGACAAAGGGUUGCAACUUCCCUGUAUGGCAGCUUGUGUUGAUACCUCUACGAUUUCCUCCACAGCCAAGCGCUUUUGUCCGGAAACAUUUUCUUCGAUGAUUCUCCGUGACAGCCCUGUUGUGCCGUUGAACGGCAAGUCAUUCAUGGAGUUGCCGUGGGCAGGAACCAUGAAUGGUUUUGGCUGACAAUCUUUAUCCCACCGAAGUACAGUGUUUUGACGCCGUUCACAGGUCCAAAUCGACCGUUAUAUUUCCAAACGCCAGCGCCAUCAGGUCGCAGUUCGCAUAGAAUGUCCAAGUUAGGACAUUAAGUGGUUCCAUAGGAAUGAACCCAUAGGCUAGGACACUAGUGGUUCACCAGGUUCUGAACCAAUGGAAUAAGAUAAACCUAUGGCACCACAUGGAACCACCGUAAAACUACAAGUGAACCAGGUGAACCUAUGGAACCACAUGGAACCUCCGUGAAACCAAAAGUGAACCAAGUACACUCUCACUUGCUCACACGCUGUCACACUACCGCUCUGCCCCUUGAACCAGGUGAACCUAUCGAACCACUUGGAACCUCGUGGAACCACAAGUGAACCAAGUACACACUCACUUGCUCACACGCUGUCACACUACCGCUCUGCCCCUUGAACCAGGUGAACCUAUGGAACCACAUGGAACCUCCGUGGAACCACAAGUGAACCAAGUACACUCUCACUUGCUCACACCCUGUCACACUGCCGCUCUGCCCCUUGAACCAGUUGAACCUAUGGAACCACAUGGAACCUCCGUGGAACCACAAGUGAACCAAGUACACUCUCACUUGCUCUCACGCUGUCACACUACCGCUCUGCCCCUUGAACCAGGUGAACCUAUGGAACCACAUGGAACCUCCGUGGAACCACAAGUGAACCAAGUACACUCUCACUUGCUCACACCCUGUCACACUGCCGCUCUGCCCCUUGAACCAGUUGAACCUAUGGAACCACAUGGAACCUCCGUGGAACCACAAGUGAACCAAGUACACUCUCACUUGCUCACACCCUGUCACACUGCCGCUCUGCCCCUUGAACCAGUUGAACCUAUGGAACCACAUGGAACCUCCGUGGAACCACAAGUGAACCAAGUACACACUCACUUGCUCACACGCUGUCACACUACCGCUCUGCCCCUUGAACCAGGUGAACCUAUGGAACCACAUGGAACCUCCGUGGAACCACAAGUGAACCAAGUACACUCUCACUUGCUCACACCCUGUCACACUGCCGCUCUGCCCCUUGAACCAGUUGAACCUAUGGAACCACAUGGAACCUCCGUGGAACCACAAGUGAACCAAGUACACUCUCACUUGCUCUCACGCUGUCACACUACCGCUCUGCCCCUUGAACCAGGUGAACCUAUGAAACCACAUGGAACCUCCGUGGGACCACAAGUGAACCAAGUACACUCUCACUUGCUCACACCCUGUCACACUGCCGCUCUGCCCCUUGAACCAGUUGAACCUAUGGAACCACAUGGAACCUCCGUGGAACCACAAGUGAACCAAGUACACUCUCACUUGCUCUCACGCUGUCACACUACCGCUCUGCCCCUUGAACCAGGUGAACCUAUGAAACCACAUGGAACCUCCGUGGGACCACAAGUGAACCAAGUACACUCUCACUUGCUCACACCCUGUCACACUGCCGCUCUGCCCCUUGAACCAGUUGAACCUAUGGAACCACAUGGAACCUCCGUGGAACCACAAGUGAACCAAGUACACUCUCACUUGCUCACACGCUGUCACACUACCGCUCUACCCCUUGAACCAGGUGAACCUAUGGAACUACAUGGAACCUCCGUGGAACCACAAGUGAACCAAGUACACGCUCACUUGCUCACACGCUGUCACACUACCGCUCUACUCUUUGAACCAGAUGAACCUAUAGCAAAUGGAACCACCGUGAAACCGCAUGUUUGCCACGGGCAGCUCACAUACUGAAAAGCCAUAGAAUGUGAGAAGCUGUACAAGACAAUCACCGUCUAUGAUCAGGAAAACUUUCCUAACGUUAUUUUUUUGCAGUAUUUAGGUUUUUAUCAAUGAAAUAACAAAGCGAUGACAUAAAAA